AUGAGACGAGAGAAGAACGAUUCUCCGUUUCUUCAUAUCGCCAGCGAAGCCGAAGUCAAAGUCUACAAUCCACGAUCCAGAGGUGGAGAGUGCUGCUCUGCUGAAGAUUUUCGCUACGAUAUCAGUGGGAAACAGACGUCUGACUGGAACAGUUCGGUGGCGCGGGUCUUCGCGGCUGAUUUUCAGGCCCGCUAUCCUCGAUUUCAAAAAUCGAAUGAGGCUGUUGCCAAGGCUUGGCGGAAGCACACUGAGACACUCCGACGGCAAUAUCAGGAGCAACAAAGGGACCAGGAAUCAGCCAUGAAGGAGCAGUCGUAUCAUCGACAGUGCGAGCGAAAGCGACAGUUAUAUAGUCGACGCACGAGCGUAGCAACCAAGCUGCCGGACAACAAGGCGGUGCAGCUCAUGUGCGCUCUUGGCGUACAUGGUAUGAGCACUGAUGAGUCUGACCAUCCGACCGGCGGCGGAGAAGCGACCUACUACAUACGCUCGAAGACGUGGCGUUCGCCGGAGCUGCAGACGUGGUUGCGUACUCUGGACUCACUCCAUCUGUGGGCGCGCUAUCGUGGAUCAUUCAAGGCUUCUCAGGGAGGCUGGCCUCACUUUCGCGUGCCUUGCCGGAAGAACAGCGACCGUCCGCCCGUCAUCAAGCUUCCGCGGAACUGUUAUGCCCCGUGGCUCUUGCAGUCAUCUAACGAGUUUCAGUUGAAACUGCUCGAUCCGAAUUCCCGACUGAUCAAUCUGCAGCACUCGGAAGAUGUCCAGAAGUAA